AUGGUGGUGCCUCCCCGGCCAAUCGAUCAAUCGAAUCCAGCGCUUCAAUCGUGCUGUGCCGAUGGCGUCGCAUUCCAGCAGCGAUCUCGGUGCGCGCUUGCUCGGCGAGGAGGAAUCGCGGGUGAGUUGGUUCGCGUGAGUAGGGCUUUUUGUCUGAUUUCUCUUCGCUCAAGCCUGGAAGCAGUAGCAGCAGCAUCAGCGAUGCUUUGGAUUACACGCAGGACGGAUCGAUCGACUUGUUUGGGCAGCCUGCGCUGCGAUCCAAGACCGGGGGAUGGAGAACCUCAGCUUUUAUUCUUGGUAAGCUCUUUUCUCACUGAAGCAAAGGAGACGAUCUUUCUUUUCUUGUUCCAAGGAACCGAGUGCUGCGAGAGGCUGGCGUUCUAUGGGAUCAAUGCCAACCUCGUCAUGUAUCUCACCAAGGAGCUCCACCAAGGCAACGCUACUGCUGCCAAGAAUGUGGCUGUCUGGGCCGGCACUGGCUACCUCACGCCUUUGAUCGGCGCUUUCAUCGCCGAUUCUUUCCUGGGACGAUUCAAAACUAUUGCUGCCUUCUCGACACUCUACGUUGUUGGGCUGGUUUUGCUGACUUUGUCGUCGUCUUUACCAUCGCUCACGCCUCCCGACUGUCCACCAGACGUCCAUAAAUGCCCAAAGGCAUCGCUCGGGCAGCUAAGUGUUUUCUACACCGCGCUCUACUUGGUGGCCUUGGGAAUGGGAGGCAUAAAGCCGUGCGUCUCAGCGUUUGGAGCGGACCAGUUCGACGACGAGCACAAGUCGGAGAAGAAGAAGAAGAGCCACUUCUUCAACUGGUUCUACUUGUCCAUAAACCUGGGCGCGCUCAUCGCUAGCACCGUGCUGGCACAAGAGGCCCGCUGGCAGCGCGCUCACCAGAGUUGCACAGGUUUUGGUCGCGGCGUGCCGCAAGUGGAUGGUCGAAGUCCCCUCCGACGAAACCUUUCUAUAUGGCUUCCACGACAAGAACUCUGCCAUCGAAGGAAGCAGGAAGAUCGAGCACACGGAAGAAUUCAAAUUUCUCGACAAGGCUGCCACUGUGACUACUCGCGAUCGAAUGCUGGAGCAGCCUCCAAGCCCGUGGAACUUAUGCACCGUGUCGGAGGUGGAGGACGUGAAGCAAGUCGUGAGCAUCAUGCCGAUCUGGGCCAGCAACAUCUUCUUCUCGACCGUCUUCGCGCAGAUGUACAGCCUCUUCGUGGAGCAAGGCACGAGAAUGGAGCGGCGCCUCGCCCGGGGCUUCUACGUCCCGCCAGCGUGCAUGUCCCUCUUCGAGGUGGGGACGGUGCUCCUCAUGGUUCCACUCUACGACCGCGUCAUCGUGAAGCUCGUGAGGAGAUACUCGGGACGCCACCACGGCUUCACUCUCCUCCAGCGCAUGGGAAUCGGCCUCUUCCUCUCCAUCUUCCCGAUGGUGUCGGCCUGUUUAGUGGAGAGGAAGCGCUUGGAGAUGGCCGCGACGCUGGGGAUGGUAGACGACGCAGUGAACCCGGUUCCAAUGACCAUCUUCUGGCAAGUGCCGCAGUACUCGCUCAUCGGGAUGGCCGAGACUUUCACGUUCGUCGGGCAGCUCGAGUUCUUCUACGAGCAGGCACCGGACUCCAUGAGGAGCUUGGGGACCGCCCUGGCGCUCACGACUUACGGACUGGGAUACUACACCAACAGCCUGAUGAUCUCGGUGGUGACCAAGAUCACGCGCAGCGGCUCCAGCCCCGGGUGGAUUUCAAACAACUUGAAUCGUGGUCACUUGGAUUACUACUUCGCGACCAUGGCCGGGAUAGCGGUGGUGAACGUGCUGUGGUAUGUGCGCUGCGCGAGAGGCUACAAGUACAAGGAGACGAGCGUGAUUGAUCCGCCGGUCGUGUAGAGGGCGUUGUGUUCAUUCUUUCCGCUCCAGGAUUCGUUGUUCAUAUGGGAGGUUCCCUCGAUUCUUUAGAUAUAAAACAUUCAUGGAUGAUUGAGCUUGA